AUGAUAUCAUGGCUCAAUGACCCGACAUUCGUGGCGGGACUCUUUGCAGGAGUCUUCGCUACUUUCACUCUCUUCGUCGGACUCGCAGCAUGUCUAUUGCUCUCCCGCGACCACUAUGGCCUCGACCACUGGAAGCUGAACUUGCAGAUGCCAGUCUCAUUGUGGAUGAAUCUGGGCUACUGGAAAGACACGUCUGAGUUCGCCGAAGCAUGCAGGAAUUAUCUGCAGCAAGUAUUCGAAACAGCCGACAUCACCACCCCCCAAAAGUCGAUUGCCAUCCUCGACGUUGGCUUCGGUUGCGGCGACCAGACCUCGACAAUUCUAGGUGGCAUCAUCUUCGGAGGGGCAUACAUAGGGGUGACAAACAACCAAGUCCAGCUGCAGGCUGCGUCACGACGAUGCCGGGACCUACACAAGGAGCUCGACACAUCCCAUCUCUUUUGCGCGGAUGCGUCCAAGCCACAUGCUUGGCCAGAGGAGAUACGCUCCGCCGUGGACAAGCUCAAAAACCCCAAGCUCAAAGGGAAGUGGCUACUGGCGUCGGACUGCAUGUAUCACUUUUCACCGUCACGGAUGCCGCUCUGGCAGUACGCUGCCCGGAAUCUCGGCAUGAACUUUAUGGGGUCUGACUUAUGUAUGUCCAACACGGCAACCUGGAGGGAGAAGACUCUGGCAAGGACGAUUGGGGCGCUAAUGGGCUGUCCAUGGAAGGCGUUCUUGACUGUGGAGCAAUACAGAGAGCAGUUGGUAGCAUGUGGCUAUGACAGGGACUCGAUUGUCAUCAAGGACGUGUCGGUGGAUGUUUUCCCGGGCCUGGUUGCUUUUCUGGAGAGGCAUGACAAGGCGCUGGCAGAGUUUGGUAUCUCUCUCGGUGGGGGGUUCAGGGUGGCGAGGAAGGUGUUUGGCUGGUUUGCUGUGUCAAAGGUGGUCAGAGCCGUCAUCGUGGUGGCAAGAUUGCCCAAGGUCAAGGAUGCUACAUGA